GUCGGAAGGAAGACCCCGACCCCAUCAAGCCACAUAGAAGGUCGCCUUUGCACUGUUUCGUGUUUGUUUGUGUUCUGAGUUUCUGCCGUGUCUGCUGGUGUCCCGGACGACCAUGGAGGAGGUGCAGCUAGGCGAGGCGGCCGCUGUCGAGGUGCAGAGAUAGGGGAAUUCGUUGACGCGCUCAUGAUUCUAGUCGUUUUUUAGUAUUCUCUUGUAGUAGCGUCGAAUUCGGGCUUGGUUUUGGGCUUGGAAUUAUGGCGAUGGCGGCUUUAGGCCGUGUGACGGUGGCGCGACCGGUGCAGCAGAUGGAGACUGCAGCGUCCUUACCGGGGAGAAGCAGCGUUAGCGAUGUAUCGAUGCGGAAAUUUAGUUCUAGAGGGAGGUGUACUGUGCAGACUCGGUGGCCUUCGGAACCGAGACCCGGAUCGGCCCAAGCUUGUCUAGGGAGAGAUUCCGCGGACGGGGAUGCUUUAGUGGCCGAAUUCAUUAGACAUGUCGAGUCGACGCAACAGGCCUGGCCUCUGGAGGGGAGACGUCCUACCCACCUCAUGCCUCCGUCCACGGUUGUGAAAACUCUGAUGGAGGCGCUCAUGCGGAACGAUUGGCCUGAAGAUGACAGUGGCAUUCGCACUGCAUUUGCCUUCGCUAUGCCUCCUGCUGCAAACGAAAUGCUUGUCAGCGAUGUCGGCAAAGCGAACCGUUCGGCCAGGGCCUGGUACGCUACGGAAAAAUACGUGAAUGUGAGCGAAUUUGGGGAUGUCAUUCGCGAAUCCACUUACUCACCUAUGCUCGACUUCGUCAGUUGGGAGAUGGGAUCUCCACUGACUUUCCAUGGACCCAGUGACAAGAGAGCUGUCCAGGCUGUGAAAACCAUAUCUCAAUCAGGAGUAUCGUCGGUCUACACAUUUUGUCUCGAGAAGGUGGUGAAUGGUGUCUACAAGGGGUGCUGGAUGAUUGUUGGCGUUAGAGUGGGAGAUUACGCCAAUGUGUAAUCUACGACGACAUUUCAGGGUUGUCCGUGAUCUCAUAGGGUUUAGCCAUGACCAGUGACCAAACCACACAAAGGAGCUCAAUUUAUCAAAAUUAGUCUGGCAGAGUUAGUCACACUUUUACCACUCGUCCGACAGUGACCACAGCAAUUUAGACAAGUUGAGAGCUCACAGUACUGCUUCUUGAAUUCCUGAGAUUUGUCUUUCUGGAUCUACUGCCUUGGAAGCUGCUGGCAAAGCCUGCCGCGGAGAGACCGGGACACGAUCGAUUGAGAGAAUAAGGAUCUGAAAAGGACAGGAGCAUUUAUUCUCAACUCGUUGGUCUCGAUGGGACAUGCAGCUUGUUGCCAGCUGAGUAUACAUUUUUGGUGUAAUAUAAUUCGUAAAGUUUGUAGUCUUUGAUAUU